UUUUCAUACAUUUUACGUUUUCCAUUCCAAUUCAAUCGAAGUCUUUAUCUUAUUUGUACUAUUUAUUUUGAUUUUGUGUAUUAUGAAUAAAAUAAUGUUGUCCAUAAUUAUUCCAAAUUGGUAACAUUCUUGCAAUAUUGUACAUUAAAUUUAUUAAACGCUUAAGGUAACUUGAUUUAUAGCGUCUUAAUAAUUUAGUACCUUUCGUCUGUACUGAACAAUUACAAAUUCGACGGAGAGAAAUCAUGGACAUGCAUAAAAUGGAUCAUUCAAACCACGAGAUAAUGCAACAUACUCAUCACAAUAAUAUGGACCACGACACGCAUAAAAUGAAUUUUGACUUGAACUUACUUAAAAACACAUCUGAAGAUAUAAACAGUAUGGGACAGACAUCAGAUAUGAUGAGACAUGGGGAGCAAAGCCAUGGUAGGCACGGUGACCAUGCAAUGUCUAUGACAUUUCACGGCGGAUGCACGGAAGUCAUACUUUUUUCAUGGUGGAAAGUCGAAGAUGUUGGUGAAUUUAUUGGUUCUUUCUUCGCAAUUUUCAUAAUGGCUUUACUGUAUGAAGGACUAAAGUACUACAGGAAGCAUUUAUUAUGGAAAACAUAUACAGGACUUCAGUACUGUGCUGUGACGUCCCCUGAUAAACGUGUAAUGGCUGACGAGCCUCAGGUCAUUCAGCCGGUGCCGCAUGUUCUUGAAAGAAAUGUGCCUACUAUGCUCAGCACCCCUCAUGCAUGGCAAACCGUCCUCCAUGGUGUUCAAGUGCUUGUCAGUUAUAUGUUAAUGUUGGUGUUCAUGACAUACAACACGUGGCUAUGUGCAGCUGUUGUUCUUGGCUCGGCUACGGGCUACUUCCUCUUUGGUUGGCGUGAAUCUGUUGUUGUCGACUUUACGGAACAUUGUCACUGAUAUUUAUAAUGUGACUGUAAUAAGACUAGUAUCACUAGGUACUUACUGUAUAACCUCGCUAUUUGAAAAGCUCAAAAUGAAUUAUCAUGGUUAUCAUGUUAUAAGUGGACAGCCUAUUGUGUAUUUAAGUACUUUUGAGCAGAAAUAUUUAUACCAGUUAUAUACUUUUUAGGAAUAUAUUAUGUAGGUUACAAAUAAAUGCUUUAAAUUUG